GAUGUUUUAUCAUUAUGAUGGUGAAUUGCAAGGCCAUGUUAUAAAUGUUGAGUUGCCAAAGUAUACUCGUAAAGAUGGAGCUUUUGGAAAAUCGUGGGCAACUCAAGGGUGUGCGAAAAAUGAUGACAAUUAUAAUCCAGUUACAUGGUGGAUGACUUAUGGAAAUCAAACUCCAAACUUGCAACGAAUGGCGAGAAAGAUUCUCUCGUUAACCACUAGUUCAUCCGGUUGUGAAAGAAAUUGGAGCACUUUUGAAGGGAUACAUACGAAGAAAAGAAAUAGACUAGACGUGAAUCGAUUGAACAAUCUAGUCUAUGUUCAAUUUAACGCGAAAUUGAUGAACAAGCACAAAAGGGAGAAGGAAAGGAAUGUUGAUGUGCUACUUGCUAGUGAUGCUAGUAAUGCACAAGGAUGGAUCGUUGAUGGAGAAGAUGAUGAAGAAGUUGAGCCUGGUACGGGGUUUACUUGGGAAGUGGUUGGUGAAGCAUCGGGAGCAGACAAGAUGCUUCAAGCUCGAAGAAGUUCUAGGAUGAGAGAGCUUCAUGAAGAUGAUUUUCAAUCAGAAGAAGAAGAUGAGCAAGAAAUCAAUGAAUUUGAUUUUGAGUCCGAUGAAGAUCGUGUAUUGGAAGAAUAUGGAGAGGAAGAAGACCAAUUAAAUAGUUAGACUUAGAUUCUUCGGAUAUGGUUUAUGUUGUAUUAUUGCUACUUCUACCUUCUUGAACUUAUAACUAAUAUAAUAGUUUAUUUUUUGAGUCUUAAUUCCAUUAUUUCACUUGUCUUUUCAACUUUGAUUUACCUGAAAAUAAUAUCAAAUUACAUCAAAAGGUUUUUAGGAAAAAAAAAAUCAUUUUUCCUAGUCGCCG